GCUGGGGAAAAUGACCAAAAUGGAUAUAGAACGUCCUGAUAGGGUGGGCACAGGAUUUUCAGAACAGGGCAGAAUUAAAGGGAAAACAGGACAGAGCAGGACUUUGGAAGAAGAACGUUACGGUAGGAGGGGUACGAAUAGAACGCGGGGCAGGGGACAGACUGCAAGUACUGCCCGCCGGAGUCCCGAGUUAGAAUCGAGGGCCGGCGGACGCGCGGAGCGACGCUGGAGACUUGGCCCUGUCUCCUGGGGGCUUCUAUGCAUGCAGUGUAAGAGCAGCGGGCCCUGCCAGGUGGAGAAGUGCGUCCCUGGCCAAGAACUCUGCAGGACCACGGUUUUGCGCGUAAGGGAAGGACGAGAAGAGCUGGAGGUGGUGGAGAGAGGCUGUGCCCACCCAGAGAAGACCAACAGGACCAUGAGCUACAGGGUGGGCAUGCAGAUCAUCACCCUGACGGAGUCCGUGUGUGCCUUCAACUUCUGCAACCGACCCAGCCCUGGCCGGGCUCCUGUCUUUCCUCCAAGCCAUUAUCUUGAAUGUAUUUCCUGCGCCUCAUCAGACAUGAGCUGUGAGAGGGGCCGGGACCAGAGCCUACAAUGCCACAGUCCCGGAGAACAGUGCCUGGAGGUAGUGACCCACCGGAGCCGGGAAGGGAGUCUCCAGGAUGAGACCCACUCGCGAGGCUGUGGCUACCUUCCUGGCUGCCCAGGCCCCACAGGCUUCCACAACAACCACACUUUCCAUUUCCUGCAGUGCUGCAACACCAGCAGAUGCAACGGGGGCCCAGUCCUGGAGCUUGAAAACCUUCCACUGAAUGGCUUCCAGUGUUACAGCUGUGAGGGGAACAGCACCCACGGAUGUUCCGCAGAAGAGACUUCCCUCAUAGAAUGCCGUGGCCCCAUGAACCAAUGUCUGGAAGCCAUGGGCACGAAUGGGCUGGGAAACCCAAGCUACAUGAUCAGAGGUUGUACGACUGCCUCCUGGUGCCAGAGCCUCCACGUGGCUGACGCCUUCAGCCUGACUCAUCUCAACGUCUCCUGUUGUACCACAAGUGGCUGUAACAAUCCCGUCCGGGAUGCCCAGCACCGCAAAGGGGGUGCCCCCCGGCCCGGUCCUGCCCAACUCAGUCUCACCAUCACCUUGCUUAUGACUGCCAGAAUGUGGGGAGGCACUCUCCUCUGGACCUGAACCCCAAAACCUUCACCCUGCCUGGGCUGGAUCCAGGAGACCCCUUUACCCUUCCCUCUGCUCCCAGCCCUGCAGACGUGCUGUGUGACCUCAGGCCAGUGUGCCGUCCUGUUUGAGCCUCCGUAUUCCUAGCUGUCGAAAUGUCUGUCUCACAGAGGUGGCCUGAGAAUCACUCGAGACAGGUGGCUGGCCAACAGGAGCGUUCUUAUUAUUAAUAUUGUUGCCGCUAUUGUUAUUAUUAAUAUUUGUAUUAUUUAUUUUAUACAUAUAUAAAGAUUUUUGUACCAGUA